AUGCAGGUGCUCUAUGGCCUCAACAGCUGGAAGGUGGGCCCCGCCCCCUCCCUCCCCUCCCCCCGCUGGUGGGCGGGGCUGCACGGCCCGCGUGGGCGGCUUUGUGACGCGCUCAGAGGCUUGGUGUGCUGGUCCUGGAGAGGAGUCAGAGCCGUGGAGACCCUCUCCAAGGCCUUAUGCCCCAACCUCCCACCCUGGCGCCCAGCUAGCCCUAAAUGGGCCGUUUAUUUUCUAAGUUUCUUCGCCCCCCCCGCCGGCCCCUGCCCCGCCGGAGUUGCCCGCUGGCCACGCCCGCCCGUGACACCGCCCGUCCUGGCCGGACCACCCUGCGGCUCCUGCACCCGCCCCCUGCUCUGGGCGCAGGCCAUCCCAGCGGGGGCGGAGGGGGAGCCUGUACCGGCUCGCUGCCACGGGGAGCCCAGGAGGCGGCUCCCGCUCCCUCAGGCCGCGGGCCCCCCUCUGGGCCUCCUCCCCGCGGGGAGCUGGGGGAGCCCUCCGGGGGGCGUGAGCUGUCUGCGCAGUUGCCCGCUGGUCCGGCCCUCGAGGACUGUGAGGAUCCCUCCCCCGGGGCGCGAGGUCACGCUCCUGCAUUCACUACCUGCACAGGGAGCCGGGGCCGCGGGUCAGGUACCGACCCGUCCCCUCCCCCUUUCGAGCCCAGGGCACGGAGGAGGAGGUCCCGGAGCACCCCGGAGGACAGACGCAGGCUCUCGGAGAGACCAAAGGGCCGGGUGGUGGCAGUGGCCGCCCCCACAGCCGCGGGGCACGCAGUGGACAUCCGAGCCCCGGACACCUGCGGCGCUCUCAGCCUCCACCAAGCCAGCCCUGCAGCCCUGGACCGACGUCUCGCCCCCUCCGGAGAGGGCUCGUGGGCCAGCACCCAGAUGUCUCCCAUGUCGUCCUCUGCAGGCCGCGUGGCCACCUCUUCAGGCGGUCCCGUGGGAGAGGUCCUCGGGACCCCGACAGGGACGCGCGGUGCCCUCGCGCCACGCCCAGGCUGCCCCGGGCCGCAGGGGCCCUCCGCAGAGGGGGCGGCGGCUGAAAACCAUCCGCCCGGGAGCGUGCGGGCCGCGGGGAGGAGGGACACACAGGCUGGGGGCCCCGGGCGUCUCGCCACGGAGCCCUCUCCCGCCGGCGUCGGCCAGCAGCGGGCCACACAGAAGGAAACUAGGCCUGCCCCGCCUGCCAGUGCCGCCGCCUCUACCACUGCUGUGGGAUCGGGGGGACUGGCCCCCACCGAAGCUUCCUCGCCUUGCUCCUGACAAGAACCCGGGCACCUCGCAGGACGCCGAGCGUCCGAGGGACAAGAUCCCGAAGGACAGAACAGACACCUCGGCCGACUGCUGGGCCGCCCCGCCUGCCCCUUCCUCGCCCCCACUUGCCUCGGAGGCUGCAGGCUCCCCGCCGCGGCCGCUCCCGCUGCCCAGGCCCGUUCCUCGCACCGCCUUGGCUGACCCCUCUGCCGGGCCCCCGACCCUCUCUGUGCCUCCGCCUUCCCCAACACAACAUGGUGGUCGGGAAACAGGACGUGUCGUUCCUGAAUCUCCUCCUCUUGCUGCUCCUGCUGAUUCUCUUCCUCCCCCUAGUUCCUGUCCCUUUGGGAAACCCCACUUCAGGGAGGCCCUCUUCCCCCAGGCCGCGCUGCAGCACCCACCCCCGACCGCCCCACACCUUACCCCCACCCCCUGCACAAAAGAAUCCCCAACCCCUGGGUGUGUGGAUUCUCCCCCGCUUUUCCUAACAACCCCGCGUCCAGGCGGCUCCACGGACAGCUCCGUCGUCGUCCAGCCCGGCACCUCUAAGCCGACUUCUUCUACCAUCGCAGCAAAGUCAUCCACUUUGACCUCCAAGCCUAUUUCAGAUCCUGCUGUCGUGGACAUGGACACGACGCCUCCCUCGCGGGCUGUCACCUCCACGCCCCCACGCUCCGGGAUGAGCUGUCCUCCGUUUGCCCGGGGCCGUUGCAGCAUGACGCAGCGAUGCCCUGCGAAAGUCGCAGCAUCCACCAAUCCACCGACGUCGAUGGCCCCGGCCACCCCACUUCUUCAUCAACUCUUCGGCCUCCACACCACCCCUCAGCCCACACACGGGACUCUUGCUGGGAGGCAGCCAACAGCUUCUCUUCCCGGUGCUGCUAUGGCCACUGGCUUGCCCAACCUCAGUUCUGGAGCCACCGGCACUCCAGUAGGCAGCGCCUCUGCAAACCCCGACGCUCACUGUGACCCCGAUGCCAUGGAUACCACAUCGCCCUCCCGGGCUGUCAUCUUUCAGGCCCCCCCUGGGUCGCGGAAGAACCAGUUGUCAUUUUACAGGGCACUUCCUGGUUCUGGCAACACACCACCUACGGGCAGCACUGCCUCGGCCCACGGCUCUACCACUUUACCUCAAAAGCCAGCCAGCACACAGACCCCGUUUCCAAGCGUUCUAACGCAGGAAUCGCCUCUCAGCCCACACUGGAGGUCACAGUGGGCAACAGCCUAACAAUUCCUACCUGUUGGGAAAAACAGUAGCCCCACCACAGGCUGUCGGCCUGACGACGCCUGUAGCUCACCCACCCGGAGGCAGCACGGUGCAGGCAGCUUUCGCGGGCUCUCCUUUUGGCCCCACAGUCAACAAGCAGACGGCCUUUGGUAACCAGCCAGGUAUUCUCCACACGCCUCAUUCUACCGCGACUGGCUUUGGAGGUCCCACUGGGAACACUAGCUCGUCACUCCCAGCUACUACUACGGACCCACAGACCGUGGUGGGGCCUGCGGUCCCCAGUGGCCCACGCCUCAUGGCGAACGCUACAGGCCCACAGACCUUUGUGGGGCCUGCGGUCCCCAGUGGCCCUCCACUCAUGGCAAACACUACAGGCCCACAGACCUUUGUGUGGUCUGCAGUCCCCAGUGGCCCACCCCUCAUGGCUAAC